UUGACUUUAUCGUCAAGACGCGGUCGGAUGAAGACAGCAGAACGGCGAAGAAGCAAAAACGAAGAGUUUCGUUAACUCAUCAAAAAAAUCGGUCCUUUUAUUAGUAGGCGUGUCUAUAAUCUUAUAUCAGGCCGGCUAAGCAGCUGGCCGAAACCGUUUCUUUCGUUUUUUCGACGCGUCGCUAGGCCCCGAGUGGCUAAUUUGCGCCAUGGAUUUUUAAGGCGCUAUGCGGCAACUGUGACUGCAAAUGGCCAUGCGUCGGCAAAACCCCCUGCGGACCCGCGUCCUCGCAACUGCCAAGCAGUUGGGCUCCGGUACCGCUCGCGGUAUCCCAUCGAGCCAACCGGUACCGCUGCUGCUGGACCGGAGGAAGCUAACUUUAGUAGCCAGCUAGUUAGGCGUGAGGCCCGUGCGAUUCCAUCAAUUAACAAGCAAAAUGAAGCCUCAAGACAUUAUCGCCGCCAAGAGCAGCAGCAGCCUGUGGAUCUUCGGCUACGGCUCGCUGGUGUGGAAGCCCGACUUUAAGUACAAGCGCAGCAAAGUGGGCUACAUUCGAGGCUACAAGAGGCGUUUUUGGCACGGGGACAACUUCCACCGCGGCAACGACGAGCUGCCCGGAAGAGUUGUGACGUUGAUUCCAGAGGAUGACGCAAGCACUUGGGGCGUGGGCUUCGAGGUGAGCGGCACCCAGGUGGAGGAGGCCCUGGAGUACCUGAAUGUGCGUGAGGCGGUGCGCGGCGGCUACGACAGCAAGAUUGUGGCAUUCCACCCGGAGGAAGGUGGUCCGCCGGUGCCGGCGCUGCUUUACAUCGCCACCGCCGACAACCCCACGUACCUGGGGCCUGCCGCGCCCGAGGAGAUCGGCGCCCGCAUCGCCAUGUGCCAAGGCCGCACAGGUCACAACCUGGAGUACCUGCUGCGGCUGGCCGCCUUCAUGCGUACCAGCUGCCCACACGUAAACGACCAGCACCUGUUUGAUGUGGAGGCGGCGGCGCUGGCUGUGGUCUCCUACUUGUUGGAUGCCCAGUAGCUUGUAAAAGCAUAAUCGAGGCUCGUCUACUAAUUUGUUUCAUCAAAUAACACUAAGCAUUAUGAAAUCAUUGCAUUGUAACACUGAACCUUUUUCUGUUAAUUAUUUUUAGCACAGUCCUGUCCAUGUGUUUAUGGUUCUCCACAUGCAUUCAAACAAAGGUUGUGAAAUUGAUCAGUGUGGGAAUAAACACAUUCAAAGAUGAAA